AUGGAAGCUCAUGAGAACCAUCUACGCUUGAUUCUUCAAACACUUCAAGAUAGGAAACUAUAUGCAAAAUUAAAGAAAUGUGAGUUCUCGUUGCAUGAAGUGGUGUUUUUGGGGCAUGUAAUAAAUACGGAGGGUGUUUCUAUUGAUCCACACAAGAUUGAAGCUAUUGUGAAUUGGCCAACUCCUACGAAUGUGACGAAGGUGCGUAGCUUCUUGGGUUUAGCUGGAUACUACCGAAGAUUUGUUAAAGACUUUUCUAAACUUGUUGUGCCACUUACCCAAUUGACCCAGAAGGGUAUUCCAUUUGAGUGUGAUGCUUCGUAUAAAGGAUUGGGAUGCAUUCUUAUGCAGAAUGGAUGGGUUAUCACAUAUGCUUCUGGUCAACUCAAGCCGCAUGAAAGGAAUUAUCCCACACAUGACUUGGAGCUAGCUAUAGUGGUAUUUGCUUUGAAAAUAUGGUGA